UAAUUAAAAGAAAACAACAUAUUUAAUAGUAAAAUAAUAUAGAACAAACGAGUUUUGUGUACGUAAAAUAUUAAAGUGAAAAGAAAGAAAAUGUUCGGCACACUAAACAAUUACUUGAGCAGUGUACAUCGUGCCUGGACAAAUGGCGAUGGUGAUAUUUUGGGGUGCUAUAUUUCCCUCAAAGACAAACAUAUUAUGAAUCGCAAUCUCUAUGUACAGAAUCCGGAAAAUGCUGUUGGACGUUUACUGGAAUCGCCCAUUGAUGAGAUUGUGUGUGCACACAUAAAAGUUCUGUAUUACCUGUCGUUGGAACCCAGAGAUUUUAUGCAAGCGUAUAAAUAUCAAUCGCACUGCAUACAGUCGGUGGUGAAAAUGUUGCAGCAACUGAAAGAGGAAAACUGGUGUCUACCCGUAAUGUAUACAACCUGUUUGGAUUUACGAAUAUUGGCCCAGCAUUGUGAAGAGCUGGGCAAUAGUUCAAAACCAGGAGAGAUUUUAGAAAAGGCUGCUGAUUGUUUAAUGAGCUGUUUUCGAGUUUGUGCGGCUGAUAACAGAUCCUCGGACAACGAAACCAAACGUUUGGGCAUGCUGAAUCUGGUCAAUCAACUCUUUAAAGUUUAUUUUCGCAUCAAUAAACUGCAUCUUUGCAAACCCUUAAUACGUGCCAUCGAUUCGAGUGCAUUUAAAGACUUGUUUCCACUGCCAGAACGCAUUACAUACAAGUAUUUUGUGGGCCGCAAGGCAAUGUUCGAUUCAGAUUACAAAAGUGCCGAUGAGUUUCUUUCGUUUGCCUUAAAGCAUUGUCCAACGAAUUUUCCGCGCAACAAACGACUCAUACUGAUUUACUUGGUGCCCGUUAAAAUGUUACUUGGCUUUUUGCCUAAAAAACACAUUUUGGAACGUUAUGAUGUUUUACAAUUUCACGAAUUGGCUGAGGCUCUCAAAGAGGGCAAUGUACGAAAAUUCGAUGAUGUUAUACAACGACACGAAAUCUUUUUCAUUAAAUGUGGCAUUUAUUUGUUGGUGGAAAAACUCAAGUUCAUUGUCUAUCGCAAUCUAUUUAAAAAAGUCUACUUAAUUAAGCAAACGCAUCAAUUGGAUUUGAAUGCUUUUCGUUCGGCGCUGCAGUUUGUGGGCGAGACUGAUAUGACUAUCGAUGAGACUCAUUGUAUAGUGGCGAAUUUAAUAUAUGAGGGCAAAAUUAAGGGUUACAUAUCACACAGUCAUAAUAAAUUGGUGGUGUCCAAGCAGAAUCCUUUCCCUGCUAUCAAUACGGUCUCAUGAGAAAUGCUUAAUGAUAAUUUGUAAAAAAAAAUAAAUAUCAGAAAUUUGUUUAAUAUUAAAUUAUUUUAAGAUAACAUGAAGAAGAUAUUAAGAAUAAAUAAUUACAAUACAAAAAGUAUUUGAUUGAUAUCAAAUAAAGUAAAAGAGUGACAAUUUAUUAACACUCGAAGUUUUUAAAAA